GGGCCGGCCGGCGAGCCGCAUGGAGCCCCGGGCGGCGGACGGCUGCUUCCUAGGAGACGUGGGUUUCUGGGUGGAGCGGACCCCUGUGCAUGAGGCAGCCCAGCGGGGUGAGAGCCUGCAGCUGCAGCAGCUGAUCGAGAGUGGCGCCUGUGUCAACCAGGUCACAGUGGACUCCAUCACACCCCUGCAUGCAGCCAGUCUGCAGGGCCAGGCACGGUGUGUGCAGCUACUGCUGGCAGCUGGGGCCCAGGUGGACGCCCGCAACAUUGAUGGCAGCACCCCACUCUGUGACGCCUGCGCCUCGGGCAGUGUUGAGUGCGUGAAGCUCCUGCUGUCCUACGGGGCCAAAGUCAAUCCCCCCUUGUACACAGCGUCCCCCCUGCAUGAAGCCUGCAUGAGUG